CGCAGCGGCCGGUGGGACUUCGGUAACCCGGUGCACUGGCCAGAAAACAACAAGAAGAACAGUCGAACAAACAAACAACAAAAACAAGCUGAGAGCGCGGAGGAGAGAGGCGCCAAAACAACACCACACACACUCUCAGGUCUGUUCUGAGCUGCAGGGAUGAAAGCUGCGGCUCCAGGAGGAUUCCUGGUGCUGCCGUGGCCCGGCUUUGGCGGCUCGGACCCGGAGCCGGAGCCCGUGGAGGAGAGCCGGGGCGGGUUUAUGCUGAGAUGUGGAGCUCUGCUGGGACUCACUCUGAUCUGUGUGGCCGUGUUGAGGAGAUGGAUUGCAGGUGGAGUGUGUCGCUCUACGGUUCGAUUGGAUGGAAAGACGGUUCUUAUCACCGGAGCAAACACAGGCAUCGGCAAAGAGACCAGCAGAGACAUGGCAAGCAGAGGGGCCCGGGUGGUGAUGGCAUGCAGAGACUUGACCCGGGCGGAGCGGGCAGCUGAGGAGAUCCGUCAGUCGACAGGAAAUGGUAAUGUGGUGAUCAGACACCUGGACCUCGCCUCCCUUUACUCCGUCAGACAGUUCGCUAAAGACUUCUUGGACACUGAGGACAGACUGGACAUCCUCAUCAACAAUGCAGGAGUGAUGAUGUGUCCAAGAUGGCUGACAGAGGACGGUUUUGAGACUCAGCUGGCUGUCAAUCAUCUGGGUCACUUCCUGUUGACCAAUAUGCUGCUGCCAAAGCUGAAGAGCUCCGCCCCCAGCCGCGUGAUCACUGUGUCAUCCAUCGCCCACAGAGGAGGUCGUAUCGACUUCGAGGACUUGUUCUUCAGCAAGAAGAAGUACAGUUCUCUAGAGAGCUACAGACAGAGCAAACUGGCCAACGUCCUGUUCGCCAGGGAACUCGCCCGACGACUCAGAGGCUCUUGUGUGUACUCGUUCUCUCUCCACCCGGGUGUAAUCCGGACUGAACUGGGUCGUCAUGUUCACGGCUGGUUCCCCCUGCUGGGGGCGCUGCUGAGCCUCCCAUCCCUGCUGCUCAUGAAGACUCCCUAUCAGGGCUGUCAGACUACUGUGUACUGCGCCGUGAUGCCGGGACUGGAGAGCCUGUCCGGACGAUACUUCAGUGACUGUGCAGAGAAGGAAGUAGCUCCAGAGGGGCGGGAUGACCUUGUGGCGAAGAGGCUGUGGGAGGAGAGCGCCCGAUUGGUCGGGUUAAAGGACACGUGCUGACCUCUGACCUCGGUCCUGAUAUCUGUGUGCAGCAGGAAAAAAGGAAGCUAAGCAUCAACAGACUGUGGCGCCCCCAUCAGGUCAGACAGGAUUACAACGAGCAUCAGUGAGAAACUGUGAUUGACAGCUAAGGGGAGCCAAUCAGAGGCUUCCCGAGGGCAGGAUGGGAGAAAUAAAUUGAAAAAACGAUAAAUAAUAAUUGUAAUAAUUUGACCGAGUAUAUCAAGGGUUAAUUAGUUAGAUAUCAAGUCAUAAUUUGAAGAUAUUUUUGAGAAUUUGUAUUUUUUCGUUCACUUAUUUUCCAUAAAAACUCAGAACCAAACAUGGAUCUCAUCUCAGUUUUUAAACAGCUGUGAUGUUACGAAAAAUAUUGUGGUUGUUGUUAGGACACAUGCCUGUAUGAACUGGAGUGCUUGAGAACGCAGUGCCUGAUUGGACGGUGUUUAACUGUGACCUUCGAUCUGCAGUAAUGUCACAGGUGAUUUUUAAAUAAAGGUUGGACUGAAUGGU